AUGGGACGGAAACAGACUAUUUUCUCCGCCCUUUUUCUGGCAGUCGGAGGCUUUCUUUUCGGAUAUGACAGUGGAAUCAUCACCUCGACGAUCUCCUUAGACACUUUUAAGGAAUACUUCGGCGACCCCAGCUCGACGGUAACUGGAGGGGUCGUGUCGUCCUUUCAGGGGGGUGCCAUUGCGGGUACGAUGGUCAACAUACUCUUUGCGGAUAAACUUGGGCGAAAAUACACCAUCCUAGUGGGCGCAAUUAUCUCUUGUCUAGGAUGUGCUUUGCAGGCCGGCGCAGUCAACAUGGCCAUGUUAAUCGUGGGCCGCUUUAUCGCGGGCCUGGCGGUUGGCAUGUUAACUGCGACGAUCCCCAUGUACGCCUCUGAACUCUCCGAGCCCCAAUUUCGCGCCACUCUGGCCGGUUUGUUGCAGUGGAUGUUGAGCUGGGGGUUCUUGGUGGCCCAAUGGCUGGGAUAUGGUUGCUCCUUUGUCACAAACGAGUUUUCCUGGCGCUUCCCUCUCGCCGUGCAGAAUAUUCCCGGCCUAAUCCUCAUCAGCGGCAUUUGGUUCCUGCACGAGUCGCCUCGCUGGCUAAUGGAACAAGACCGUCACGAAGAGGCUCGCAAGAUUCUCGAGAGCCUGCGCAGCGGUCUUGAUCCUGAAAGAAUUGACCUGGAGUUCCGCGAAAUCCGGGACGUCAUCCUGGCUGACCGUGCGCUUGGAGAUAUCACCUGGCGAUCUAUCAUCACGAAGCCCUCCUGGCGUCGCCGACUCAUCCUCGGCUGCGGCGUGCAGGCAUUUGGGCCCCUAUCUGGCAUCAACGUAAUUAACUACUACGGUCCCCGCAUCUACGAGAUCUUGGGAAUUGAUAACCACACCUCACUUAUGAUUGUGGGAAUUAGCGGUGCUCUUUCUAUCGUGUACUGCACAAUUGGACUAUUCCUGCUCGAUCGCAUUGGACGUAUUAAGCCGCUCAUCGUGGGCGCCGCGGGGUGUGCAGCGGCGUUGCUUGUGAACGCAGUGCAGGCCCAAUACAUGAGCCCCGAGAACGCGCACCAGCUGCGGUCCAUGGUAGCCAUGAACUUUGUCUUCAGCCUCUUCUAUACGCCUACUGGCAUCAUCUCCUGGGUUUAUCCCGCGGAGAUUUUCCCGGUGGAGGUGCGAGCCCUAGGUAACUCCCUGACCACGUUUACGAACUGGACGGUCAACCUGGUCUUUGCCCAGUUUUCUCCCUAUGCGCUUGAUACCGUCGGUUUUCGCUAUUUUUAUCUCUUUUUUGCCCUGAACGUCAUCGCUCUUACUUGCUACCACUUCUUUUACCCCGAAACUAAAGGUCGUUCGCUUGAGCAGAUGGACAAGCUCUUUGGCGAUCAGCUGGUUCCGCACGCUAUGGAAGACCCCGAGGGCGCACUCGCGGCCGUGGAAAAGGAUCAGGCAUUGUCCAGCAAAUUUGAGUUUGAGGAGAAUCGGAAGUCCCGGGUGAAGUGA